GUUAUGGUGGUGAGUUUUGCUGAAAAGUCCUUAGCUCAAGUUUGUUCCAUUGUGGUUUUAUGAAUGUAGUAUAAGUUUGUAACAAAGAUAUAAGGAUAUAUUUCACAUGCCGUAUAAAGGUUUUAUUUAAACACUGGUUCAGUCAUGGUGGUGAAGAAGAAAGCGGCCAGAGUGGAAGCUGUGGUUUUGGACAGCGCUGAGCUGAAGAGCCUGACCACUUCACUAUCUGUAGAUGGAGAUGAUGACACCAGGGAGCUUGCCCAGGUGCUGAAGGUCUGUUUGACCUCCACUGACCCGGUUCAGCAGGUCCAGCUUGUGUCUAAGGCAGGUUCCAUGCUGGAACAUGUCACAGAGGCUGAAUCUCCACCUGAUCCUUUACUCCUCGCCUGCUUGGACACUCUGGCAGUCAUAUACACCACCACACUGCAGGCGAAGAAUCCACUGAGGAGGGCUGUGGCCAGUGCCUUGGGUAAUGUUCCUUACUGGCUGCAGGAGAAAGCUGUAUGCUGUCUAUCUGCGCACCUGUCUGCAUCCCUGUCCUGUCUGAGCUCUGAGCAUUACACCCAUCUCACAGACUGCAUCGCUUCCUGUCUGGAUUCUUUCCCCAUUGGAGAGAAAUGUGUUCAUCGCUUAAUAACAGAAGUACUCGAAUUCUUCCAGAUGGUUCUGAGUGAAUAUCUAGAUCAAAACAGAGGUCUGGCUGGUCGUCAUGUAGCCCAGGCCCAGCUUAUGCAGAGCUGUCUGGCUGUGGUCAAAGCCUCUAUGUUGGUGGUUCAGAGAUCUCAGGAGCUGAUCAGUGGUGCCCAGCUGCGGACCUCAAGCAGCACUGCUCUACAUCAAGCAUUCAGUGGACUCCUGCAGUGUUAUACACAAAUUCUCACUGAUGAGGAGUUUGUUCAGGCAGUGCAAAGCACAGCUGGGAUGGCUAUAGUGUUGUUGAUCAAGUCUGUCAUGGGAAACGGAGACAGUAUAGCUGUUAUGGUGGCCGGCAUGUUGCAAUGCGCACAACAGGAAGGAAACAGUGCCCCCCAGUGGCUGCAAGAGAGCUGUGCAGGGCUGUACGCGAGCAGCAGGCCUGCUGCACUGGCUCUGUAUCUGAGCCACGGAGCUCUGGCCAUGCUCAACUGGAGAGGAAGGACACUGACCUUUCAGGAUGAGGAACUGCUGCUCCUCAUUCCUGAUGUGAUCCUGUCUCUUGAUUCAAGAGUGAAGGAGUCCAGCACUGCAAUGGUGGUCUCAAGAGUUCUAUCUCUGUGGAGCAGUGCUGCUUUUGACUGCCUCCAGGCCGAACCCCGACCACCUCUCCUCUGCCAAUCACUCAGUGGCGAGUGCCUGCUUCCCUCACGACUCCUUCGCCAUGUCUACGCUCACUGGGAGCACCCAUUGGAUGGUGUGCGCCACCAAACCCGCAUCCUCUUCCGAAACCUCCUGCUGCUCCACCAGCACUGUGGCAACCCUGCCUCCGACCCGACCUCUGACCCUUACGUUAUCCAGCUGGCCCACAGCCUGCUGGCACUGGACUGGCAUGCGAAGGGCAAGUAUGGCUCACUGGCAUGUCUGGCCGAGCACUUGGGUGCUGAGUACCUUCUCAGUCUCGAUGCCAGUCUGCCUUCCACGCUGCUAGCCCUCAUGGGGGAUCAGACCCUGGCAACGUACUCCAGUGAGCUGCUGGAGAGGCUGUUUGUGAGUCACAGGGACCAGCUGUGUGCCCGGUUCAGAGAUUGCCAUGGCUGGAUGGAUGACUGGCAGAAGACGUGGGUGAUCCCGCUGCUCGAGGUGCUAUGUACAGCCAGGCUGGAGCAGACCACAUAUAUUCUGGAUUACUUUCUGCCCAAAUUGUUGCGCUGUAACCCUGCUAGUUUAGGGUGCAUGGUGCAGGCCCUGCAGGACAUGUCUUCCAGUUCAGAUGGCACCGUGGGUAGCAGAGGAGCAUUGGGUGCAUUGAUGACGUGUCUGCGUGCUGCCAGAGCUCAAGGAGUUCUCAAACCUGCUGACGAGCAACUAUGGGGUACGAUGGUACCUCUUCCACUACUAAAGCAAGCUCUGGUACACAAACAUGACCAGGUGCGUUUGGACACCCUCGGAUUGGUGUGCGAGAGCCAUCGCAGCACAGAGACUCUCUCCAUACAAGAAAUGGAAUUGAUCCGCCACUUCCUGCCCAGCAACUUGAACAGCCAGUCACCUGGAGUCCGACAGCAGACGGUCAGCCUAUUCAAGAAGCUCCUGUGUAGGAUGAAGGAGAGCACUCAGUCAUUGCAGAAGAAGCUGGCACAGGAGAAGGAUGAGCAGCAGAAAGACAGAGACCAGCACAUCCUCAGAACAUACCAGGAGUUCCUCUGCUGGUUCUGUGAGAGUUUAUUCCAGGUGCUGCAGCCGGGAGCCUCUUUCUCCAGUUGUUUGGUGACUCUGCAGCUGCUGGGGCUGGUGGCUGAUCAUUUCACCUUCAGCAUGGACCCAGAAAGCUUUGCUCUGGGAGACUGUGUGACUGUUCCAUAUGCACAGGCUGUCCUCUACUGUCUGUCCAGCAACUUCCUGGAGGUCAAACAGCUGGCUUGUACACUGCUGCAAAAACUGCCUUCCAAAACAGUGGGCUUGCAGGAGCCGGCAAGGCUACGGUGUGUACUCCAGGCUGCUCUGGACCUCAGCACCAGUACCAAGCCCUUCGAUAGCGUCACAGCUGCCCACUUGCUCAAUCUGCUGUUACACCAGGAGGCUCUCCAGCAGGCACUACUCCACUGUGCCCACGAGAAAAGUGUCCCUCUGCAGCUACCAGACUUUAUCCAGGCUUCUGAGAUCUCCAUUUUGGAGAGGAACACAAUGGCAGUGGUGCUCUUCUUGAUGACGUGUCUGAAGGCUGAGGUUGCUCAGGCUGAGGCUUCUCUGCUCAUAGCUGCUGCUUCCUGUCCCUUAUAUGGCAGAGCUCACUGUAUCACUGCGGCCCUGCAGCAGCUCAGCACUGGAUCUCUCCAGCUGCAGGCUGAAUGGAGCCAAGUUGUGUCAGACCUCAUUGCUCUAUGCUACAGGAUGUCCGAUGUGGUUUCACCUGUCGUCCAGAGCUCCUCCCCCGAGGGUCUUAUCCCGAUGGACACUGACUCGGAAACAUUAUCUGGCCUGCAGAAGAUCCUCCAGGAAAUUCAACCUCGAGACACCAAUGACUUCUUCACCAGUGCCAGAGAGCUGGACGCAACCUCUGAAGAGCAGCUGCGCACACCUCAGGCCAGGAGCAACGGAUCUGAAGCUUAUCGGGUCACUGCGCAGAUGGUGCUGGUGUGUUGCUGGAGGAGUAUGAAAGAGGUGUCCAUGUUGCUGGGGGAGUUGUGUCAGAGCAUGCCUCUAUCUACACACACAUGCAAAGGCCUGAUCACUGAAGAGCAGGUGCAGGGCGUCGGACGAUAUUUUCGCGAGCAGCUGCUUCAGUCUCGGCACAGAGGGGCUUUUGAGCUGGCCUACGUGGGAUUUGUCCGUCUGACAGACAUGCUGUGCAGGAGUGGAAGCACCACUUUACAGCAGCUUCCAGCCCAGUGGCUAAAGGAGGUUCUAGAGGAGGUGAAAUGCAGCGACCCAUCUUCAAAACUGUGUGCCACUCGCCGCAGUGCUGGAAUUCCCUUUUACAUCCAGGCGUUGCUGUCGUCCGAGCCGAAGUCGUCCAGCUGUAGUCUGCUGAAGAUGACCGUGAGAGAGCUGACUGCGCUGGCCAUGCCGAGUCACGAUGGCGCUACUGACCGCAGCACUGUCCCACAGGUCCAUGCUUUGAAUAUUUUGAGGGCUCUAUAUCGGGACACGCGUCUAGGAGAAAACAUUGUGCCCUUCGUGGCAGAGGGCCUGCAGGCCGCAGUGCUUGGCUUCACCUCCCCCAUCUGGGCUGUGCGGAAUUCCUCCACUCUCCUCUUCAGUACUCUGAUCACUCGGAUAUUUGGUGUGAAGAGAGGGAAGGACGAGCACUCCAAAAAGAAUAAGAUGACAGGCUGGGAGUUCUUCACUCGUUUCCCUGCCCUGUAUCCUUUUCUCCUCAGCCAGCUCGAAGACGCUGCAGGUUCAGUGGACAGUGAUGCAGGACGAGUGAAGCUGCACCCCAGCCUGUUCCUGCUGUUGCUGGUGCUGGGACGUCUCUACCCAUCACCUAUGGACGGAUCCUCCUCCCCUCUGGGCCUGGCCUCGUUUAGGCCCUUCAUAAUCAGGUGUUCUCGAUCCGCUGUGUACCGCAUUCGGGAGAUGGCGGCCCGAGCUCUAGUUCCGUUUGUUCUGGUCACCGACGUCCCCUCCACCAUCAGGACACUGCUGGAGGACCUUCCUGUGAAAGCAGGCCCAGGAAUACAGCAGAACCACAUCCACGGAACUCUCUUACAGGUGCUCUUUCUGUUGCGUUCCUACCUGGCUGACUCUCAUCGACCCCAGACAACAGGAGACCAGGACAGUGAGUUCAUCAGGGCCCUCAGACCAAGAGUUUGGCUUGCCACAAGACAAAACCCAUGUCUGGUGACGAGGGGGACGAUGCUGGACGUGCUGUCUACUCUGUGUACAUCUCCCUCUGCUUCUGUCGAAGAUUCUCAGCUGAAGCAGCUUCGUGCAGAGACAUCAGCCAUCCUCAUGGACUCCGAACUUGUGGCUCCUCGCAGACCGAACGAGGUGCAUCUCUCUGGUCCUGGGGCGACGCAGUACCUACAGAGCCUGGCACAUUUGGCAACCAGCAUCGCUAUGGAGUCAUCUGCCCUGUGGAGCACACAGGAAGCAGAGGGGCAACUCAAAGACCUCCUUAGACGCCUGCUGCAGUGCUCGCAUUACGAAGUUAGGCAGCUGGCACUGGAGCGGCUCCUGGAAAGACUGCAGACCAACGGGGAACACCAACUUCCGCUGUUUGGCCUCAGUGUGUCCAUUUUAACCAACCUGGCAUUACAUGAGCCACACCCCACCUGCCUAGCAAAGGUUCUGCAGAUCCUCUCGGUCCUCCCACUGUCCUCCAUCCUGCCAUGGCAAGACAACAGUAUGUCCCUAAGCGAUGACGAGGCACUAGAUCACCUCCUCUCUAUGGCGGAGACCUCCACACACAGCGUGGAGCUGCACUGUGCUGCCCUCUCUUUAGCCUCUCGACUGGUGGUGCACCUGGCCAGGAAGACGCCAUUGGAGAACCUGGUUGGAGUUGCAGUGUCUCACGCCGCCCGCUGGGUGGCGCUGGUGACUCGGGACUGUAGUGAGGAACAGCCAGUCGAGGUCAAACAGACUGCUGCAGAGGUGCUGGUGAAGGUCACACCCACCCUGAUGACCUCUGACACCCUGCACAUGGGUAUCACCCACACCCUGACACUGUGGCGGAGUCUCUUCACCUUACUGCAGGAUGAGGACCAGGAUGUGAGAGAUAAAGCUGCUGACUUCAUCUGUUACUUGCCAGCGCAUCUUAUUACCACAGGUGUUGCCCAAGGAGCUGUUUCUCCCCCUGUUGCUUUGCAGAUGGGAAUGGGAAUUCUGUGCCAGCUGUUCCAGGUGUGGGACCAGGUGACCAUUGGCAUGAUCACCCUGACAGAGUGGCUGCUGGGAGAUAACCAGGCAGAGCUGGUCAAUGAGAAAACACUUGACUUGGAUGAGGAGUUCCUGUUUGAGAAGGGAGAUCUGAACUUGUGGGCGGAGCCUCUGCAGUGGGCACGGCUGUUACACAGACACCUGUGCGUGCUCUCCACAGUACCAGGCUCACCCAGUUUGUGUCCAGCAGAGCUUGACCGUUUCUCUGCCAUAGCCGGUGCUUAUGCUGACUCGGCCCUACGAGCAACAAGUUCCCUCCCUGUGCUGCCUCAGUUCUCUGCCACCAUAGAGCAUGCAAAGCUAUCUCUUCUGAACGAGCGCGCCAUGCUCGCUCAGAAUGUGCUGUCGACAAUCAGGCGAAAAACAGACUCCAGCUGAGGACCAGAAAUCUUUCAGCUCCCUCUUACCUUUUUAACACGUUCUAGUAAAUGGCCGGAAAAUCGUUUUUUUCCUUUCAAUGGAAACGAAGAGAAAAGUUCGAAAAUUUUAAAUGACCUUGGACUGCUCAAAGUGUCUGCAUCUCCCGAGUUCCUGUUCAGGUCGACAGCUGCUGAUGUCAGAGGAAUCCAUUCACUCUGUGACUGCGUAUAAAUAUUAGGAUUAUUUAAUAAUUUCCUCCCUGUUGCUGAAUGAGUUUUAUUUUUUUAAGGCCAGUCCAGCUCAAGACUGUAAAUAGUGUUUUAGUAUAUUAGUCAUUUUAUUUCAAAUGUGGUGUUUUGCAUAUUAAAAAGGUGAAUGCUGUCCAGGAAUGACACUGACCCCAAACUGUUUUUCAUCAAAAUAAAAGCCGAGCUUUUCUACUUU